AUGGCGCUGCAAAGGAAUUCCAAGCAGAACCAGCAACAAUGGUACCGAGAACUGGUGAAUAAAGUUAUCCAGCUACUGCAGCAGAACGACCACGACUCAUUGGCGCUGAUUGCUCGCAACUGCGGCGUACCGCCGCAACUGCGGCAUCUGGUUUGGCCAGUACUGCUGAAAUACCAUCCCUUUGUGAUCUCCCCAAGCAUUUUGUCCAACACGCUUAUAUUUGACAAGACGGAAGACAAAUGGGUUUACGAGUGCGAGAACCGGGCGCGCCGAGAUGUGGAGCAGGCGGUGAUGCACGAUUUACAGAAGUUCUUCGUAAAUAAACGAAGCGACCAGCACAUGCCACUGCCGGACAUUGAGCAGCAUAUGCGUUUUCUACGGGACACGAUAAUGCGUUUUCUGGAUAAAUGGGAGCGAGUCUUCAAGUAUGAGGUCGCGCUUGCGUGGAUUGCGAUAGGGCUUGCCGAAUGGGUGCCCAUAGAUGGAUGGGGUGAGUCAGCGCCCGGCGGUGGCGGAGUUUGUUCAGAGGAUAUGGCGCUACCAAAGGGACGUUCCACAGACGUGCCAGUACUGCAGGGAAAGCGGCACCAUAUAACGAUCCGUUCUCUAUACAAGGAGUAUCCUCUGCCGCGCGAGCUGAGUUCAAGGUUGACGAAGCGAUGCUUUAAUUUCUAUGACACUUUCGAGCGUCUUGUCUUGGUGAUCCUUCACUGUCCAGAUGUAACCCGUACGAAAAUGAAGGUUGCUAACGGCCGAAACUAUCCCUUCAUUUCAGGCGGUGAUGUGCUGUUCCAGACGCAGCUCUUCUUCAAAAUAUUUCAGAUGACGCUACCAGAGCUGUACCAACCAUUUACUGAUGAAGAGUCAUUACAAUCCUCAAGAAAGGCAGAUUGGAUCUAUUGGUGGUUCAAAGCUUGUGGUGCUAAGGUCAUGCACAAACAGGACAGGGCCCAUCUCUGGGAUGUACUUCUCGGAUGGCGGCCACACCCUUCCACGUUGAACUUUUAUUUGGACUACAACAACAAAUCAUUUGCACACCUCUAUAAUACGAAGCUAAAUCUCGACCCUCAGUUUUUCCACAAGGUAUGCAAACAUGGAAAUGACCACUUUUGGUUUCCCGAUUUGGAUACGCUUCCCUUGGGAUCUCCUGGCCUGGAAACAGACUGCCAAGUGGUUAACGAACUAAUCCGCCACAAUAGCUACGAGAGCAAGGACACAGGUGCUCCUGGCACCCCCAGCAAAACGUCUCAAGCCGGUAACAAUUAUCGAAGCCCCAUUCGUCCUUCCCAGAAACACCAGAAGGAUAUCCCCUUUUCGCUUAUAGAUCCGCAUGUGCAAUUAAUCUUCAUCUACAUUGCUAUAUUACAGCAGAAUGAAUUCAAACUACUGGAGUUUGAGGAGGCCGAGAUCACAGAGUUCCUCACAAAGGUGCCCCUAUUGUCCAAGACAGAUGACUACAGUUAUAAACGGCUAUACGACGAGGAAUCUACCAGUCUGUCAUCCACGGAUACGGAAGAUUCCCAGAAUUCCUCGUCUAGGCCGUCCACCUCUUCCCACAUGAUGAUCGAAGUCGGAAAUGACGACAAGAUCGCCAACACCUUCGAUGACCUUUCGCAACUAGCUGGUGAUAUUUGGCGCAAGUGGAUGUGGUUUGAAUUCGAGGAAAGUCAAGAUAGUGUAUAG